AUGACAAAGAAUGAAUUUAGAGACAAAUAUGCACCUGGGAUUUCUCUUGCUACGGUCGAUCGAGUCUUACGGCAGGCAAAUAUUAAGAAAUGGCUUGCCAAACACCGUCCACUAUUGAAGCCCGAACAUGUCAAAAAAUGGCUAGAUUGGGCAAUGCAGCGGAAAGACUGGGGUAUUGAGGAGUUUAUGAGUGUCAUUUGGAGCGAUGAGUGUGCGGUUGAGAGAUCUAAAGACCCUCGUCAAAUUUGGGUAUUCAGAGAGCCAGACGAGAAAUGGCUUGCCGACUGCAUCUAUCCAAAGCCAAAAGAUAGAGGCCCUUUGGUUCCAGUACCCGAGAGUAUGACUGGCAUCCGCUACCUUAGGAUCAUCAAACGUUAUCUCCCAUCAGUUCUAAGAAGUGCUUUGAUCAUCUACCCUUAUGUCAGUUUUCAACAUGAUAAUGCACCAGUUCAUACAGCCAGAAUAAUCACAGAAUGGUUCGAUCAUAACAACAUUGAGUUGGAAGCCCACCCACCUUACUCUCCAGAUCUUAAUCCUAUCGAGCAUGUAUGGGUAGAACUCAAGAAGAGGCUUCAACAACAGUACCCUAGAAUUGCUGAUACCAAAGGGGGACCACCUGCUGUAAAGAGGGAACUGGCUAGAGUUUUGCCUUUAGUUUGGGAAACCAUACCCCCGGAGUUCUUUGAAAAACUUGCAGCAUCGAUGCCCCGAAGGGUGGAGGCCGUCAUUCAAGCAAAGGGCUGGUAUACGAAGUAUUGA